UUUUUAAAUCGGCAAUCUGCGCCGUCCAGGUAAAGAGGUGCGCGAGUAAAUAGACUCUCGUUGCGCCACGGUUGAAAGGGCAAAAAGCGAGGAAGAGAGAACACAAAAAUUCCCUCUAAGAGAACCUUUCGACUCGAGGAGGACUAAGGAGGACAUAGGUUUACGUUGGCGAUAGCUCCGAGGCAGGUUAUCUUCUUCAAGUCCUCCAACCUCCAACUGAUCGCCGUGAUUUAGGCGCGUUCGCCACCUGCCAGUCGCCAGUUAAAUGCCCGUGGUGGAGGUGCCGCGGUAUCAGUGGUCGGGUGUAUCGCACAAUCGUAGGAGAUACUUGUCAGGCAGGAGGAUUGUCGUUCUGUGGAGACGUGGGAAUGGCAGCGGAGGUUGACGGCGACGAGCGGUCGCAUCCACGAUGCAUCAAAUUGCCGCCCGCCGUCGAGGUGUUUGCUAAUUUGAAGAAUGCGCAGAUUUUCGCCAUAGACAUUGGAUUGUCCUUAACAAAAAUUGCUUAUUACUCAACAGUAAGUUAUCGGAAGGCACUUUAUGAGGAUGCAGAAGGUUUAGGAAACAGUGGAGAACGAGCAUACAAAGUAUUUGAGGGUAACAGACUGCAUUUUGUUAAGUUUGAAACAAGAUAUAUCGAGAACUGCUUAGAUUUCGUCAAGAAGAAUUUAGUAGAUGUUCAACGAUUUCAUGGAAAAAGUAUUAAAGUGACUGGAGGCGGAGCAUUCAAAUAUACUCCAUUGUUGCAAGAAAAAUUAGGAUUACUAGUUGACAAGGAAGACGAGAUAGACUGUCUGAUAAAAGGUUGUAAUUUCUUACUUAAAAAUAUACCAUGCGAAGCGUUUGAGUAUCACCGACAUGCAAAUCCAGAAUAUAAAUUUCAACAAGCUGGACCCAACAUAUUUCCAUAUUUGUUGGUUAAUGUUGGUAGUGGCGUCAGUAUUCUUAAAGUGGAAUCAGAUGAAGUAUUUGAAAGAGUCGGUGGUACAGCCACAGGAGGAGGUACAUUUUGGGGACUGGGAUCAUUACUUACAAAAAGAAAGGACUUUGACGAAUUGCUGCAACUUGCAGAACGAGGAGAUCACCGUAAUGUAGAUAUGUUAGUGAAAGAUAUUUAUGGGGGCGAUUAUUCCUCUCAAGGUUUAUCUGGAGAACUUAUUGCGUCAUCUUUUGGCAAGGCAGUAGCUUGUGGACAACCAAAAUUUUCUGAAGCUGAUCUCGCAAGGAGUUUAUUGUUUACUAUUAGCAAUGAUAUUGGGCACAUAGCUAGUUUAUAUGCUACCGUUUACAACGUGGGCAAGGUUUACUUUGGUGGUUAUUUCUUACGUAACCAUCCACUAUCAAUGCACACCAUUUCAUACUCUAUAAAAUAUUGGUCUCAUGAUAAGGUAACGCCUCUCUUUCUUCGCCAUGAAGGUUACCUUGGCGCAAUCGGAGCGUAUUUAUACGGCACCGAACAGACAGAUAAAUACAGCUGGUUGGAAAAUUACGCUGGAUCAUCGAGCUUUAAAGAUUCUGUAUCAACUGAUCUCGGAAUUAAAGUCGAUCAGUUAGAGAUUGAUCAAGCGGAAUAUGCCGUUACGUUUUGUCCAUUAUUAAAAGAUCCCGCAUCUUACAAUCCUGACACUACGGAUCUCGUUCAGGAUAAAGAAGCAAGAGACUAUUGGCUGCAAUGUUUUGAAGAGUCUGUGGAUAAAUUUGUGUCAAGGGCUAUUCAUAGCCAACCACACAGUCCAACGGCAAAGGACAGAGGAUUAAAACUAAAAGAGAAAUACAUUAACAGAUUACACUAUCUUCAUGCGCAACCGUUUGCAUAUGGAGCACUUACUGUUAGAAUAUUGUUGGAUACCAUCGAGCAUUGCAUGAAAGAAUUUGAUUUUCCAGAUCCAUAUUUACACCAAAAAAGAAAAGAGAAUGAAGAAGCAUUGACGCACUUACAUGACCGCAUAACUGCUCUAGAUAAAUUAGAAGGUGCAGAGAAGAUAAAAGCUUUGAUCCUUGGCGUUCUCAUUGGUAAUAUAUUUGAUUGGGGUGCCAAAGAUGUUGCACAGUUAUUGGAAACCAAUGAUUUUGGUUUUGAAGAAGCUCAAGCGAAAAUUCCAGGUAGACCAUGGUUAGAGGAUAAUUUAGAUGAUUGGAUAUACAGAUUACAGAAUGAACCGCCUCACAAAUGUGCAGCCAUCUUUGUCGAUAAUAGCGGCGUAGAUAUAAUUCUUGGAAUCCUACCAUUUGCACGAGAUUUGUUGCAGCGAGGAACUAAAGUACUAUUGUGCGCUAAUUCUAUGCCAGCUCUAAAUGACGUAACGUAUCCUGAAUUGGUCGUUACGUUACGGGACGCCGCGAAAAUUUGUAAUAUUAUUAAACAGGCUUUGGAAGAUAAUACUCUUAUUUCUAUGGAAACUGCGCAAGCAGGUCCUUGUCUGGAUCUCAGUCGUAUAAAUUUGGAUCUAUGCCUUGCGAUGAUCGAGCACAAUGUGGAUCUCAUAGUCAUUGAGGGAAUGGGUAGAACUUUACACACGAAUUUUCAUGCUAAAAUGAAGUGCGAAUGUCUGAAAUUGGCGGUCGUAAAGAAUCGAUGGCUGGCGCUUCGUUUAGGUGGCGAUAUGUACGCUGUGAUAUGCAAAUACGAGCGACCAUCGCCGAAGACCAAGAUUUACGAUAUCGAAAUAAAAACGGAGACGAUAAAAGAUGAGUGUCCGUCAAAAUGUACAGGAGAGGCAACAGAACUUUGCAAAUGUGACAAUUCUAGCGAUAGAAAUACAAGUAAAGUUUCAGUAUAAUACAAGCAAUAUACAAUUAUUUCUUUCAAAAAACAAACAAUUAAAUAUACACGACAUAUUGCCUUCCGAAAACGAGAAAACUUAAAGACAGAGUUAUGCUCAAAUAUACGCUUAAAUUCUAAAAAUGUGAUCGAACUUGCAUCAAGAAACAAACAUACAGAUAAAAUAUUAGAUUUGUUUUUUUUCUGAAUUACUUGCAUACAGUACAGGUUUCCUCUUUUUUUUCAUUCUAGAAAGGAAAAGAGAAAAAAGAAUUGUGCAAGAAGUUCCAGCUAAAAAAACAGACCUAUCAUGUGAUUUGUCAGAUAAUCGUAAUCGUGAUGUAAGAGAUUAUCAACAUUUCUUGAUAAUUUAUAUUGAUAAAAUUUACUUUCUUAAUUUUUUAUUAUAACAAUUACGUAGUAUAUUUGUUUUAUAACUUAUUGUAUUACUAGUAUAUCGAUGAUCUUUCACAUUGUUUUCAACAAAUUACUACUACCAACACCUUAUCAAAAUUCUAGAUUUUUAAAUCUAUUUUUGUAAUUUAAGUUGCGCAAGAGCUAAACAAAAUUUUAUAAACUUUUAUAAGAGACGAAAACUUUAUUAACUACUAUCAUUACUUUCUGUGAUCAUUGAAAUAUCUGUGCAUGUUAAAGAAAACCAACACUUUGAAAAAAAACAUUUGCAAAUUUCUUGUUAUAUUUGCAUCUGAUAUUAGAUAAUUGUCCUAUUCGUGAAUUUAUUGCAAUAUGGUUAAUCAAUCUCGUCCAUACAGUUACAAUAACAUAAAAAAAUCAUUUUUUUAUAGAAAUAUUAGGACCCAUAAUGUAUAUAAUCAAGCAUGUCUAAACUUUAUAUUAAUGUAAACGAUUAAAAUCGUUAUACAAAUGAUUGGUUAAAGACAAUAAAACUGUUUUAUAUAUAAUUUGCAGUUACCAUAAUUACUAGAAAAAUUACAUUAAUUUAUUAAGGAAAAAUCUCUCCAGUAUACUUACAAAAUAUUGUAUAGUAUAUUUUCUGUGAUAUUACAAUAUGCAAAAGAAGUAUAAUAUUAUCGCAAGUAAACAAAUAUAAAACAACUAUAAGAUCAGUUAGUAAGUUUCUUUGAUGCUAUAAUUAUAAUAAUCUCAAAUAUUUUAUAUUUAAUUAAUCAGAAUAAUGCAAAAAUUUUCUCUUGCUAUUGAUUUCCAUAGGAAAUCGGAAAAUAAAUGCAUUAUUUUAUGAAUAUACGUAUACUAGGUUUAAUAAGCUAAAUAAGAAAAUAGUAAAUCAAAAAUUGAAAAAGUAUAUAAAAUAUCCAUAAAUAUUUGUGAGACUUGUUCUUUAAUUAGAUUAAUAAUUGAGUUACUCUGUUAAUCGAUAUCCAUAUCUGUCAAAUUGGAGGUAACACUAAAGUGAUGAAAACAAAUAGAUGCGUUAAGUAACUUUAAUAUCGGAAAUUGUAAUACAUCCCAUAAAAGCAAUCUUUUGAUUCGACAAACUCUAAUCAUGUCUGUACAUAUGUAAUAAAAUGUAUAUAUUAAAACGUUAAAGAUUGUAAUCAAUAUGCAAUGUAGAGAUAUAUAAAUAUAAUAUUCGGUUUUUGUGUGUGUUAUAAACUUUUAGUUAUUCAGAAUCUAUAUGACAUACACGAAGUGUUCGUUAUAAAUGAAAUAUAUAUUUUUUCUUUUAAUAUUCUUUCGCGCGCGCGCGUGUGUUUGUGUGUGUGUGUAUGUGUGCAUAAUGCCUAAGAAGACUCCACAUUGUAUCAUGUUUGCGAACUUUCAUAUUGUAUCUAUUAUUUUCUUCUUGUAUCUAUUAUUAUUACUAUUAAAUUUUUCAAGAACUGCGAUUAUUCUCUCCCUGUUACGGUAAUAAAUAAAUGCGAUAUUUUUAUUUUUA